AUGGGUCCAUCUGUGUAUUUCUAUGUCACCUACGUGCUGUGCCUGUGUUUGGGUCUGCUCUGCGUGCUGUUGGUGAGCUGCUGGAGCUCACAGUGGCGAGGUGGUUUCGCCUGGGACGGUUCUGCCCUGCAAUUCAACUGGCACCCUGUGCUCAUGGUGUCUGGGCUGGUAGUUCUGUAUGGUAAUGCGGUUGUCGUGUAUCGUAUACCGUUCACAUGGAAACAGAGGAAACACACUUGGAAACUGGUGCAUGCUGGGCUUAUGCUUAUAGCUCUGUUUCUGUCCUGUCUGGGCCUGUGCGCUGUGUUCGACUUCCACAGAGGCUUCCACAUCCCAGACCUGUACUCUCUGCACAGCUGGGUGGGCAUCUGCACUGUAGUUAUGUUUGCAUUUCAGUGGAGCCUUGGCUUGGCUGGCUUCUUGUUUCCUUGCUCUCCAUCGUGGUUUCGUAGCACACUAAAACCUGUCCAUAUCUGGAUUGGAAAAGCAGUCUUGAUCCUCAGUCUGACCUCUUGUAUCAGUGGUAUCACUGAAAAGCUUUUACUGACACUGAAUGGAGCAACUGGUGAACCUUACAACUCACUGCCUGAGGAAGCAAAGUUUGUGAAUUCCCUCGGUGUCCUCAUCAUGGUGUUUGGAUUGGUCGUCUUUGUAAUCCUGUCCAAAAACAAAUGGCAGCGACCGCAGACAGACAAUGAAAAUACUCAUAAGUGA